AUGUCCUUGUCGGGAAUGGAGGAGACACCGCCAUUUGAUAAUUUUCAAUCGAAAGUAAAAAAUCAACUACAUGUACGAAAGAUUUGCGAGGGGGAUGAAGAACAAUCGUCAACGGACAUUAUUUCCCUUCCGGCUGAGUUGCUAUACCACAUACUGAACUAUCUGCCCGUGAAAGAUCUCAUUUCAUUCACAUUUUGUCGAUGGGAUAUUUUUCAAGCCCUCGUCGACUUCCUGAAAGCUAAAAUUGGACCGGCACUCCGAAAUCUCAAUGUUCUCGUGGCACGGUUUAACGAGAAAGAUUCGCCAAAAUAUUGGCUACGAGAGAUAGUACAGAACUCCACCAGAUCCGAACAGUCGAUACUACGGGACUUCGAUAUCCUCGCAGCGCUGUUUGAAGAGAGAGAAUGGCCUGGAAAAGUGCUCUGUCUUCAUUGUGGAUUCAAGGAAGUGGCCAGUCAUUAUUUGCAGCAAAGCCCCGUCUCAGUACGGACGCUUCAGAGGCGAUUACAGGCCUGGGAAGUUCGAAGAGCGCCGAGCAUUGUGUAUAAUGAGGCUAUACAGACCCGCAUCGCCACGCUAUGUACCCAAGCCGCCCUUACCACGAGUGAGAUCCUCGAAAUUCUAUCGAAUGAAGGCACUCCGAUAUCCCCUCGCACCCUCUGGACUAUUCGCUGUCAACGGUUAGGAAUACGCCUUCGUAUCGAUGACCCUGAAGAGCAGCAGCAGCAGGAGGGAGAGGUCGAAGCUAUACUGGCCGAUCAGCUCGGGAAGGGGCAUAUUGAAGGCUACGGAAGAGGGCAUCUGUAUACCUAUCUUCGCCGGCAUAGAUAUGUCUAUGCGAGAGACCGGAUCUUCAAGAUCUGGUGUGCUCUUCGCCCAGAUGCCCUUCAGCGUCGCUCGCUUGGUCUUCAGCGCGCCCGGGGGUCGUAUACUGUGCCUGGGCCGAAUUUUGUCUGGCAUAUUGAUGGGUAUAUGAAGCUCCAGCCAUAUGGAAUUGAGGUCUAUGCCGCUAUCGAUGGUUACUCCCGCUAUAUUGUCUGGAUCUACGUCGGUAUAAGUACACGCACCGCGGUGAGCGUACUCCGCCAGUAUCUCGAUACCCUCUCUGUGCGUCGAUUCCAGCCACGAGCUAUCCGCGCCCACCUUGGCACCGAGACACACCUCAUCGGCGAUGCCCACUGGGCUCUCCGGCGAGCUAUCGACCCAGAUAUUCGUCAUGAGGAGUGCUGGUGGUACGGCCGGAGUGUCCAGAACCAGCGCAUCGAGUCUUGGUGGGGACAGCUCUCUGGGUCAAAUAACUUCGUCUGGCGGAAGUUAUUUCGCUAUCUACAGGAUAGUGGCUUUUUCACAUCGUCAACCGCCGACCAGAUUGCCCUUCUCGCUGUCUAUAUGCCGUCGGUACGCUCGUCGAUUGAAGAGUUUGUUGAGACCUGGAAUACCCAUCGCAUCCGCCGGCAAAAGAAUCGCCCAGAUAGCGUCCCUGGUAAACCCUGGAUGCUCUUCCACCACCCACAGGUCCAGGACUUCAAGAAAGGGGUUGAUAGAGUCAUAUUAAGUGGUCUACAUGAGGGCAUCUGUGGAGAUUGGGAUGCUGAUGAGUAUCUACCAGCUGAGACGCUCCAGUGGUGCCGUGCUCAGCUAUACCAGCAGCUUAACUUCGAUCCUGUCCAGCCACCACCACGGGAGAGCGAUGCUCAGCCAUAUAUACUAGUCUAUCUUGAGCUUCGCCGGCUUGUGACUAACCAUAUUGAGUCUGGUGCACUACCAAUACUCGCUGUGAGCGCUCGGCCUACCGGAGGAUACAACUGGGUGCCGCCAGGGCAACUAGCUGAGGCGUACGACUAA